AUGGCAUCCAAGAGGAACACUGUGAAUUCUCCCUCUGUCCAGUUGCCGCCCCAAGCUGCCAUGACUGCCUCAGCCAAGGGGAAGACAAAACUUGUCUCCAUGGCACCGAGAGCAGCCACCACUACCCCUGGAACGGGGUGCGACGAACUUGAUGACUCCGUAUACGGAACACCUAGGAGCUCCCUGGACCCCAUAGAGGUCCCAGCAGUGCUGCCCAUAGCCAGUAGCCCCGGGAUACACUCUUCCCAAAUCCCAGGACCCUCCACUGGGAGGAUACCAAGGGCAGCACCAGUCACUACCAGCGACAGCGAAGACUCGUCGAAUGAUCCUCCCCAAAUGGCGCUAACAUCUAAGAAGCGUUUGCGGCAAGAGGAUACCCCGUCACCGGGGGCACAAGCGCCCCCAAGAAGACCGCAAGUCGAGUACUCGACAACAGCAGGUCGAGAUCCCUCCCCACUUCCACCAGAAGUUCGUCAGAGUCCCCACUGGCUGCUCCAGAAGGAUCCCUCUAGAGACUCGUACGUGUCUGAUCUGGCCUCGGAUUUUUCGAAGGUCAAGGUGAAAAGGCCCUGUGAUGCUGAAAGGAAGAAGGAGAAAGAAAGGAAAAAGGAAGCGAUCAAAGCGCCUCCGUCCUCUCCUGGAUCUUGCUCGAAAUACCUUGACGCGAAAACAAAGGCCGAGAGACGGCCUAAGGAUGACCUUAGGGGAGCGCAAGGGAAACCUGGAAGUGGUGGGCCUCAAAAAAGAUCCACUGCAGGAGCAUGUACAACGCCGAUAACAAAAAAGUCGCCGGGUCUCCAAUGCCAGAGUUUUUGUGGCAGUUCUUAUCACGGCAAGUGUGUAGGCCUCGCAGCAGACCAAUUGACUUUUAUCAAAGAAUGCCAUAACGCUGUUUGGAUUUGCUCUACUUGCAAAAAAGAGAUGAGUGUAACCAAACAAGCAGACCUAUCAACCUUCCGAAAUGAUGAUAUCACUGACACUACAGGGGAUCCAAAAUUGCAGGAUAAAAUUCUGAAAUGUAUGCUGGAUAUUAAAGGAGAAAUGAAAGUGUUUCGUGAAAAGCAGGAUGAUCUCGUCCAAUCUAUAAGUUUCUGCUCUGAUAAAAUAACAGAUUUCGAAACAUCCCUCCAAAAAGUCAACGAACAUAUAAAAAUCAUCGAAAACUUGAAACUAGAGAACCAGAACUUAAUGAGGCAUGUUCGAACCCUUAAUAAGAGAGUAAACGACCUCGAGCAAAUAUCUCGCAUGAACAAUAUUGAGAUACAAGGAGUGCCAGAAAAAAAGAAUGAAGAUAUUUUUAAAAUCAUUGAGACAGUACAUCAGAACUUGAAUGUCCAAUUUUCACCAGAUCUAAUAGAUUCGGCCCAUAGAGUGAAAUCCUUCGCUCCCAAUAGGCCGAAAAAUAUUGUGAUCAAAUAUAUCUCCCGGAAAGUGAAAGACGAUAUCUUAGCUGCGACAAAAAUUAAGAAGAUGUCAUCUCCAAAUCGUUUGUUGAGUAUCGAAGGCGUUUCCAAAGACUUAUACAUCUCCGAACACUUAUCACCGGAAAACAAAACGCUCUACAAAAAAACGAGAGACUUUGCGAAAGCCAAAAAUUUCAAAUACAGGGAAAAUGCAGAAUUGAAAGAAAAUGUAAGUUUACUAAAUGAAAGAAUUCUUAUAAAUGAAAGGAAGCAGAAAAAAUAUAAUCUGAUUGUGUACGGAGUGAAAGAGGAAGCAAAUGACCUGGAAGAUAUUCAGAAUUUCAUCAAAAUCAUAAACGAUAGGUGUGGGGUUGAAUGUAGAUUUCACGAUUUUAGAGACUGGUACAGGAUCGGAAAAAUUACUGGUGACCAAGCAAAACCAAGACCAAUAGUCGUGGAAUGUCUUCAUUAUAAAUUAAUUGGUGCGAUUUUCGAAAAAAACUCUAUCUUGAAAGGGAGUGGAAUAUCAGUAUCCAGAGAUUACAUCAAAGAAGAUUACGAAGCCCGAAAAAUCUUAUAUCCACAUCUGAGGGAAGCUAAACUGAAAAAUGCUGAUGCUAAAAUAAAAAACAAUAAACUAAUUGUGAAUGGCGUUACAUACACAGCAGAAGAAUUAACACCAACAUCAACUGGAAACAAGAAUACAUCUACAUCGAAACCAAAUAGACAUUUCAAUACCCAGCAAACUCCAGCUUCCAGUCAAUCAUCAACUGCAGCACAAACCACGAAGAGACAACAAUAUUUCGACGAAAUUCCGCCUAAGAGGUUCACAAGGCAAUCUAGCAAAUAA